AUGGCGAGAACUCGAACUACAAUUGCUGCAACUCAAUUGACAAAGCCGGAAUCUUCAACGAAACAUCAAGCACGUGCUCAGUCAGCGGCAGCUUCUGUGAAACACGAAUCUUUCAUGAAUGGCUCGACUUCAGUUUACAUUGAACAAAUGUACGCGGCUUGGCAAGAAGACCCAAAUUCGGUUCAUAAGUCGUGGGAUGCGUAUUUUCGCAAUGUUGAACAAGGAGCGGCUCCUGGGCAAGCUUUCCAAGCUCCACCAACUGGAGGCUUGACGCUCACCGGCAUCACUCAACCAUCGGCAGGUGCAGCUUCUACGGCGCUUUCAACCGCCGGAGCUUCAGUCCAAUCAAUCUCCGAUCAUUUGAAGAUUCAACUCUUGAUCCGUUCCUAUCAGAUGCGUGGACACAAUGUUGCCGACCUCGAUCCACUUGGAAUUAACAGCGCUGACCUUGACGAUACUGUUCCACCCGAAUUGGAGCUUUCCUUCUACGGGUUGAAUGAAAACGAUCUUGAAAGAGACUUUGACAUCAUUGACCGAUUAAAGGACAUUUACUGUCUCCGAACUGGUGUGGAAUAUAUGCACUUGACGAAUUACCAACAACAAGACUGGAUCCGACGUCGUUUCGAAGCUCCACGAGUUACUGAACUUUCACGAGAUCAGAAAAAGGUUCUCUUCAAACGGCUUAUUCGAUCAACGAAAUUCGAGGAGUUCUUAGCGAAG